CUUGGGGAUGAGCAGAUAUGAAAAGACUGAUCCUCGCCCAUUUUCUGAUCCAGUUCUGAUGAGACAAAGGUGCUCAACUCCAUCCCAAGCUCUGGCUCUGGCAACAUGACUUCCACAUCGAUACGAUUGGUACUGAUCGUCCUCGCCUGUCUGUGGACUCCUUCUGCCUCUGCCUCAGAAGCUUCUCAAAGACCUCGCGGGUCUGGCUUCAUUGGAUAUGGUAACUCCAGUCCAUCUUGAUUUGUAUGUCAAAUCGGCUAAGACUACCAGGCAUCUCGAUGUACAAGCCCACCUGCGCCACAGCUUGUCGUGAUUCGGUCAGCAAUCCGCUCAAUUGCAAUGGCACCACGGACCACCACCACAUGGUGAAGCGCAUGGGUGGUAUGUCAAUGGAAAAACCGACUCCAGAAUGCUACGCCAACAAUGAUCGCUUUUUGCAAUCCGUGGCGUACUGUGUCUCGCAGCACUGUCAAGACGUCGAGCCCUGGAAGGUCGAGCAGUGGUGGGCGAGACGAAUGCCGGGUAAAAUUCCUGGCCAGCCAAAACCGAAGGAGACUUAUCAAGAAGCGCUGGCGAAGGUCAUCAUCCCACCAAACACCACUAUUCCCGCAGACGAGAUGCUCAUGGACGAGAACACACUCGUGGCCGGGGAUACCUACCUGGCAAAUUUCAAUGGCGAUGAUGUAUUCGAGAGCAAUGAGUCGACGCACGUUCGCUUCGGUUUGAUCUUGCUCACCACUGGCGCGGCGAUUCCCAUUGCACUGUCCCUACUUCGAUUCGUUCCAUUCCCGAAAACCUUCGUCAGUCGGUUCAAUGCUGUCCUUAUUGACCCGCCUGUGUUUGGUACGAAACACAGUGUCGCCUGGCUCAACACCUUUAUCGCUCCUACUCGCGGACAGGCGUUCUUCAUCGCAUAUCUCUGGACCAUCAACAUCGUUCUAUGUUCUGUGGGAUAUCACACAAGGCGGCCCAAUUCCUGGUUCGCAACGGAGGCACAAGAGAUCGCGACUUACAUCUCCUAUCGAACUGGAAUCCUGAGCUUUGCCAACGUUGCACUCCUCGUGCUUUAUGCUGGCCGGAACAAUGUCCUCCUCUGGGUCACGAACUGUUCACACUCUACCUUCCUGCUUUUACAUCGCUGGAUCGCCUUUAUAUGCGCGCUGCAAGCAUGCGUGCACUCUGCCAUUCUGCUGCAAAUAUACGUCAAUCAGCCAGACUACGAUUAUAUGUCUGAGAGCAAGAAGCCGUACUGGGUCUGGGGAAUUGUCGCCACUCUAGGCUUGGUCGUUCUCCUACCAACGUCGAUCCAUCCGAUACGGAGAAAGGUCUACGAACUGUUCCUUGCGUGGCACAUUGUCAUUGCCUUCUUCAUCCUCAUUGGCGGGUACUACCAUGUCGUACUUUGUUUCGGCCAUCAAUGGGGCUACGAAACUUGGCUGCUCAUCGCGUUCGCGUGCUGGGCUUUUGAUCGUGUCAUGCGGAUACUUCGCAUCGCUCGCAAUGGAGUUAGGACUGGUGCGGUCACAAUUAUUGACGAAGACUACAUUCGGCUUGACAUCCCUGGAGUCUCUGCUGCGGGCCAGGCCUACCUUUAUUUCCCGACUCUGACUUGGCGCGUCUGGGAGAACCACCCGUUCACCGUUGCAGGAGCAUUGACUGCCACAAACACAGCGCAACCAUCUGAGCUCAGUUCGCGAUCCAGCAUUCAAGAUCCUGAAAAGCUGCCUACCCAUGAAGUCCGGCCCGUUGCUCCUGACGGUAGGCGAUCGACACCAGGCUCCUCCCAGCGACUGCAGGCAUAUCGAGUUGGCCUCAGUUUCUUCAUUCGCACGCACACUGGUACCACCUCCAUGCUCCGUUCUCGGAAGACUCUUCCAGUUUUGAUUGAAUCCUCGUAUGGGCAGAAUGUCUUCGGCGACCACGGAGGCAGCGACCUCUCCUCUUACCCAAAUUUGAUCUGCAUCGCUGGUGGCGUUGGCAUUACUGCCGUUCUACCUUUCCUAGCUAGUCACAUCGGUCGCAGCAAGCUAUUUUGGGGCGUGCGAACAGGCGGGCUCGUGGAAGCUAUGCAUGAUACCUUCGCUGAGCCCGCAUAUGCUGGCGCUGACAUUCAGAUCGCAAGGGGAGAAAGACUGGACUUGAGGGCUAUUCUGGAGAAGGAGAUCAAAGCCGAUGCAGGUACUGGCACUGCGAUUGUAGUGAGUGGACCACCGAGCAUGGCCGAUGAUGUGAGAGUCAUUGCAAGUGAACUUGCCGCGAAAGAGGAGGACUCUGUGAUCGCUUUUGUUGAGGAGAGCUAUAGUUGGUAGGACAGACAGAACAGGGCAAGAGGUUUUCCAUGCUCUCACAGCUGGCAGAAGCCAAAUUCAGCUGAUGAUCUGGGCAGCCAAGUCCACAACUUUACUCGCUCAAAACGCCAGAGUGCAGCGCCUUAUCACCAAGUACAGGCUGGACAUGACAUCUCGAAUUACUGGAAGAGGGGAAUUUUAGAUGUCAUGCGAGCGAUCCUUCUUCUAUGUCCAGGGGACCAGCGACAUUUGAACACAUUUAGC